CCGGAAGCUGAUCAGAAAAUGUAAACAAACUUAUCUUAUCUAGAAUGUUAACUUGAUUCUUUUAAAAACAAGUAAUUCGCUAGAAAAUAUGGUAGAGCCAAUAUUCGAUUUUCAGUUCAGAGUUAUACUGAUCGGAGACAGUACCGUUGGUAAAUCGUCAUUGUUGAAAUACUUCACAGAUGGGAAAUUUUCAGACGCAUGUGAUCCAACUGUUGGGGUUGAUUUUUAUGCACGUUUGAUUGAAGUGAAUCCUGGUGUCCGGGUAAAACUACAGCUUUGGGAUACUGCUGGACAAGAACGAUUUAGGUCCAUUACAAGAUCUUACUAUAGGAAUUCAGUGGGGAUUUUAAUCGUAUUUGACAUAACUAAAAGAAAAAGCUUUGAGAAUAUUACUCAAUGGUUAAAAGAGUCAAGGGAACAGACAGAACCACAUAAAGGUGUGUACUUAAUUGUUGGUCACAAAUCUGAUAGAGAUGAUGAACGACAAGUCACAACUAGAGAAGGUAAAAUGUUUGCGGAGAGUAAUGGACUAAGAUAUAUUGAGACAUCUGCUAGAAAUGGACAGAAUGUGGAGGAAGCGUUUCUUUUAUUAGCCCGUGAAAUACAUAAACUGAUACAAGAUGACAAAUUACAUGUAGAAGAAGGUUGGGAUGGUGUGAAACACGGAUUUUCUAGACCACCGAAAGAACCAUUCCAUGUCGUAGAGGGUGAACCAGAAGGGAGUGGUUGCUGUUAAUAAAAAUAAUAUAUAGGUGUAGAAUAGAAAUCUGAUUUAUUUUACCAAUUGUUAAAAAUAUUGUAAAACUACAGCAAUGUGAUCGAUAAUUUCGUGCACAGCCAGUCAAAUCAUAACAAUGUGUAGUUUAAGUUCAAUGUGCCUAUAUGAAAGCGACAUCAACUCAUAGUUAUUAAAACGAAAACAAAGUGAACAAGUGAAAAACGAAAUAAUGAUGUCUGUCAGAAAUACCAUUUCCUUUUAUUUAUCCCAAAUGUUAUUGUACAAAAAUGUUGUACAUGUACAUGGUAUACAAAUUAAAAAAAAACUGUUAUCAAACUCUGAAGGUCACUUUGGAAAGAAAUAUUUUCAAGUAUAAUUUAUCCAUGAAGAAUUAAUACUGAAAACCUGUUUGAGAGGGAACACAUUUUGCUCGAAGAACAGAGACUUGAUAUGAUAAGUGGCAUUUUUUAACUUCUUUUGAAUUAAAUGAUUAUUUUUACUGAAUUCCUACAUUCUAAUAAAAAACAGGAACAACAUUUUCCUCAGAAAUUUUUAGAACUUUUUGUCGAGCCUUCGACUUUUGUCGAAAAAGCGAGACAUAGCGAUCCUACAUUCCGUUGGCGUCGGCGGCGGCGGCGUCCACAAAUAUUCACUCUGUGGUUAAAGUUUUUGAAAUUUUAAUAACUUUCUUAAACUAUCCUGGAUUUCUACCAAACUUGGACAGAAGCUUGUUUAUGAUCAUAAGAUAAUAUUCAAAAGUAAAUUUUGUAAAAAAAAAAUUCCAUUUUUUCCGUAUUUUACUUAUAAAUGGACUUAGUUUUUCUGCCAGGAAACAUUACAUUCACUCUGUGGUUAAAGUUUUUGAAAUUUUAAUAACUUUCUUAAACUAUCCUGGAUUUCUACCAAACUUGGAAAGAAGCUUGUUUAUGAUCAUAAGAUAGUAUCCAGAAGUAAAUUUUGUAAAAAAAAAUUCCAUUUUUUCCGUAUUUUACUUAUAAAUGGACUUAGUUUUUCUGCCAGUUAACAUUACAUUCACUCUGUGGUUAAAGAUUUUAAAAUUUUAACAACUUUCUUAAACUAUCCUGGAUUUGUACCAAACUUGGACAGAAGCUUGUUUAUGAUUAAAAGCUAGUAUCCAGAAGUAAAUUUUGUAAAAAAAAAAAUCCAUUUUUUCCGUAUUUUACUUAUAAAUGGACUUAGUUUUUCUGCCAGUUAACAUUACAUUCACUCUGUGGUUAAAGUUUUUAAAAUUUGAACAACUUUCUUAAACUAUCCUGGAUUUGUACCAAACUUAGACAGAAGCUUGUUUAUGAUUAAAAGCUAGUAUCUAGAAGGAAAUUUUGUUCCAUUUUUUCCGUAUUUUACUUAUAAAUGGACUUAGUUUUUCUUCCAGUUAACAUUACAUACAGUCUGCAGUUUAAGUUUUUAAAACAUUUAUUAGAUUCAUAAACUAUCCUGGAUUUUUACCAAACUUGGACAGAAGCUACUUACAAUCAAAAGAUAGUAUAGAGAGGAAUAUAUUUAUUAAUUUUUUUCCUCAUUUUUGCUGAGCCUGUGAUUAACAGCAAAAAGUAGGCGAGACACUGGGUUCCGCGGAACCCUUACGAUUUUUUUUUUAAUAUAAAUAUUAUUAUUACAUUUUCAGGCAAAAAGAUUAUAGUUCAUAAAAAAUGUUCUCUGAUUUUAUUUCUCCAAGUUGACAAACUUUGAAAAGCUUUCAGUCUUGUAAAGUUUACUCUCAACUGAAAUGAAAGGCCCAAUUUUAAACAAAAUAGGAAAACAUUUACAUUUUGAAAAAUGCACCUGAUUGUUCCUUGUCUAUGCUUUGAUCAGAUUUAACUUCACACUAUACAUGCAGAUCAAAGCAAAAAUGUACUUAAUAGUUGUCAUGUUAAUGUUGUCAAUAUUUAAAAAAAAUAUGUUAUAAAUCACAAUCUUAUUAAGAAAUAUUCAUUGUUUGCAUUUCUAAACUGCUUUUAUCUAUAUAAUUUGAAGUCAAAUAUUGAUUUAAAUGUUCUGAUUGUUGAGCAACCUUUAAAUAAAACCAUUUGACCAAUAUACACAUUAACCUGUAAAUGUAGCUGAUUUUUAUUAUCAUUUAGUAGUGCUAUUUUGUCUCAAUAUUUAUAUAUAUUUAAGAAUUACAUAUUAUGUUUUAAAUUAUUAUCCAUUUAUGGGAAUGAACUGCUACUUUUUUUUUUUUUUUUGUAUAUUAGUGUAUGUAAUUGCAGAAUAAUUGUACCAGUGAAAUUCCAACGGAUGAAAGAUAUCAGAGUAAGAAAUAACUGCAAUUAACUUAAAUUGUUUGAUGAAGUGUAGCAAUCUGUAUAUGAUACAUUGUUUGUUGUUAGAGAAUCACCUUUGUUAAAUAACCUUUGUUAUUUAGUUGUGUCUUAUGUAGGUAGGAAAGUUUUGUUUUCAUAUCAUUUUAUUAUAAUUCAGGGCAUUUUUAUAGCGCUGAUGAUCGUUUCGUUUGCAUUUGAAAGAAAGUUUGAUAUGAUUAAAAUAUUUUGAAGCAAAGAAAUAAGAUUAGCUGAUGUAAAUUAUUGACAAGGAAAAUUUUUUUAUGAUGGAGAGAUUUAAAAAAAAUUUAAAAUAUGGUUAACAUUGUUAUACAGUUUAAUCCAGAAUUUUUUAAACACCCGGUUUAUAACAUUAUAAAAGUGGAACCCUUUGCAUGUUAGAUUCAGGUCUUUUAAAUGUAGAUUAUAAAUUUAUGGUUAUAAUUUACAUGCAUACAUACGUGUAUACAUAAUUUUGUGAUCCUGUUCAUCAAGAAAAAUAUUUUCUAAUUCCAUAUUUAUUCAAUAUUCUAUAAGUUUUUGUGUUUGUCUUCUUCAAGGGUGGAAAAGGGGGGGUCUGAACAUGGAAACACGUGAAAUUAAAAUCGCAAAAACAUUGCAUGGAAAAUAAAAAUCAGGGAAAACGAAGCAGAGAAAUAAAAUUGUAAAUAUUAAGGAAAAAGUACUAGAAGUUAUUUCUCAGCCGUUCUUGGAGAUCAUGCAGUCAUUAUUAAUGGACAUCAAAGUAUAAUAAUGCAUUCAACAAUGUGUUUUGAAUUUUCCUCCAUUUCAACUUAUUGAUACUGUUAUUUAAGUACUUAUAGGCUAUUAAUGAAGAGAGCAAUUAAUAUCCUGGGAACAGGUGAGUUCAUCAUUAAUACAUAAUUUAAAACAAUAUCUGGGCUGACUUUGAAUUUGUCCCAGUUUACUUUUUAAUCAAAUGUGGGACAAACAGGAGAAAGUAAGAGUACUGACAUGAAACACGGAAAAUAAAUAAGGAGAAACACGAAGCACGCUCAUCGACCCAAACACGAGAAAACGAGAAAUAAAACAUCAAUACACGAAUACACGUAAAAUAAAACGGCCUAAAACGUUGCAAGAAAAUAACCCUUUACCACCCUCCUCUUUAUAUUUUUAAUUAUUCAAAAUAUGUAUUUUUCAAAGUCCUUUAUCAUUGUUUUUUGUGUACUAACAUACUGAAAUGAUCUAUACCAUUCAAACUUAGUUCAACUACCCAAUGUGCAGUUUUUACCCCAAACUUACUUAUAGCCAAUUCACUGCUGAUUUUUUUGUUAUCUCAUCCAUGUGUACUGGUAAUAUCAAUGGAGAUGAGAAAAAAGUACAAAUUUUCCUGUGUCAUAGUAAAAGUUGAAGGUUAAGUUUUCUGAAUGCAUGAAUAUACAAUGCUUUAGUUUUAAGUGUGUGUAGUGUUCACUGUUUAUAUAUGCCUCAUUUUUGUUUGGCAGAACACCUGUCUCUGUGCAUUUAACGUCUCAUUCAUGAAUUGUCGUCCAGAUUUAGAAAUCCUCUUUCAACAAUUGGUUCCAUAUCCUUUACAUGUUAUUUCAAUAUACAUGUAUAUUAAAAUAAGUAUUCACUAAAAAUGAAUGAAGGGAGAAUUUGAGACUCUCUGCUUAAUUAUGAUCCAGUGAAUUCAAAAUUUCCACAAUAUUCCAUGUUCAGGUUUUCUAUAUAUAUAAAGGUAAAAUAACUAAUUUUGUUAGACUGUCGACACAAGUUGAUAUUUGAGAAGUCUUGUGUUUUGAUUUUGGUGAACAGAAAAAUCAGAAGUUGGUAACUAUUUUGAUUUGGGGAGGGGCCUUAUAUAAAUAUAACAAAUAUUACAUUAAUAAUAAUAUUACAUUAAUAAUAAUACAUGCAAUUGUUGGCACAGUCAUAUUUUUGCUUACAGGCAAGACAUUUUCUUUGCUUACAGAUUUUAUGAUUAUUGUUUAAGCAUAAUACUCAUGGGCUUUGGUGCAAUUUGUUCUAUAUAUUUUAGUUUCUGCUUUAAUUAUUGUAUCAAGUAUACAUGUACUACUUCAUAUAAGUUAUAUGGAAUUGAAGAAAUGUGUGAGUGUGUAUGUUUGUGUGAAAUGAGGUUAAUUUAAUGAAAAAAAUUCCUCAUUAAGGUCAAAAGAUUAUUGUUAUAUGUAUAUAUCUUUGGUAAGACCCUUAGAGUAAUUUCUUACUUCAUCAGUGAAUAAAAGAAUGUUUUACUAAAAUAAAAGCUAAUUCAGAAUCAGACAAAUGUUAAGAGCAAAGAUACUAUAAUUAUUUUGUUGAUAAUCUGGCAUAAUUAAUUAACACCAUAUUCUUUUUGUUCCAAUGUAAUUAUUUGUCCUUCUAUAUCUUUGAAAGUCCAAUUGGUCUUUCAAUCAAGAGAACUCUAUAAUGAUAUAUUUAUACAUUUAACCAUAAAAAUAAGCACUAGAAUUAUAUAUUACAUAUAAGUAUAUUGAGCUCAAAGGAUGGAUCAAAUCUAAAUUAAUAGGAAGAUAAAAUACCGGUUCAUUGACUUGACUUUUAUGACUUACAAUUUUAGCAUGUUUAUUAUUGAUUGAUAUAUAUCAAUUGAAUUUUGACUACAUGUAUUAUUUUAUUGUUCAAAAUUUUAUAAUUUAUAUGAGGCUGACCAUUCUUAUUUAUUCAUCAUAUUAAUUUAGAAUCAAAUGAAUUGGAUAUCCAACUACUUAAAACAUUAAAGUACUAUAUCAUAUGUUUUACUGGUAUACUUUUUUUUCUAUAUAUUCAUAUAUAUAAUAUAUCCCAUAUAUUUAUAUUUAGUUAAAAAAGUUUAUUAUUACUAUAUCUUUAAGUGAUGUUUGCAUCCACAUAGAUGUCUAUAUGAUUAUUGAUUUUUGCAGUAGCCUAUUUAUGUUAUAUGAAAAAGGUUGAUGUUUCAGGAAUAUUUGGAGUUUAAAAUAUCAAUUGCUAGAUGGACAAAACAAUUGGUUAUGUAUAUUUUGUUGAGGACUUGCAAUUAUUGUUUUUUUCUAGCCUCAAAACCAACGAAAUUGCACUUAAAUGUUUUGAUUAGCAUGAAAAAUGCUGCAUUUCUAAUGUUGCCAAUGAUUCAAUGUUAAUAGUAUUAUGCCUCAUGUAUCUGAUAACAUUGGUAAGCGCCAUAUGUGAUUUUUUGGCAAUUAUUGUGUGGUUCUGUCCUAUAAUAUUCAUGAAAUAUUUGCUACUGGAUAUUAAUUAGCAUGCCAAAAAUAUUUUUCUUGUAAAGUUAUACAAAUAAGGACAUUUUAUGUAUUAUAUUUAUUGAAAUAUUGAUUGAUUGAUUGGUGUUUAAUGCCACUUUCAGCACUAUUGCGCUAUUUCGUGGUGGUCAGUUUUUGUUAGUGGAGAAAGCCAGAGUGCAGGAGAGAACCAGACCUUCGGUAGAUUAACUGACAAUCCUAGUCAAUUAAGAUUGGAGUCAAACGCACCUGCCAUAUGUGGGAUUCAAAUCCACAACCUUAGUGUUGACAGGCUAGUGAUACAGUAGUUGGCCUAGUAGCCAAUGACAAGACUGGAAAAACUGCCCAAAAAAUCAAGAACAUUUACAAAAAUUUGGUAUUUGCUUUGCUUUUAGUUUCAUUAGAAACCCUGGUGACAUUAUUUAUUUAUUACUAUUAAAGUUUUAUGAAAGUUUUAUAACUUAGUAUAGUAGUAAUUUUAGUUUUAUACAAAGAUAAAACUAUUAACCUACCCAUGUAUUGUAUUUUAUAUAUCCAAAAUAAUCCAACAGUUUCCCACCUAUCCAUUAGUUCAUGUGUUAGAUAAAACUUACGGACAAUAUCACCAAAAGUCAACGAAUGCAAGUUGUCUUUGCCUAUAACAUUCAAUUAUGGAUGCAUCAUAUUAAGUUACAGGCAAGUGUUUAAACUUGUCUGCAAAUGACCUAUAUUUAAGGAAUGACUGUCUAUGAAGAAAUAACAUAAAAAAUGUGGUGCACACUGAAUAACCUGCGUAGCAGAUUAUUUAAAAGUGUGCACCACAAUUUUUAGGUUAUUUCGAAUAGAAAGAAAAAAUAUUACAGCCAUUCCUUAUAACUUAAUUCUAAAUUCCAUCUUUAAGGAGUAAAUCAUGAAAAAACGUUGACGUCAUGCUCACAUGACAAAAUUAGGUCUAUGAGCUGAUAGACAAACAUUUCACCAAUCAGAAGACAUGUUACAUCCAAAAUUAAAUUAUUUGAAUAUAAAGCUUUAUAAUUGUUGUUAUUACUGCCAUUUUAUAUGUUCUUUGUGAUAUGAAUUUAUUUUUAAAUGGCUUACAAAAUCUGAAAGCCAGUAUUUAUGAAUCGCCUGGAUUCAAUUUUGGUUGUAUUAAUGUACAAGUAUAAAUGUAUGCUAAAUAUGUGUGCAAUAAAUCAGUAUUAAGAUUUGAA